UGAGACAAACCCGUGAACAAGCCUCCAGACUUCCAAGAAGCCAGACCUGACAGAGCUGCAGUCAUGGGUGAGUGGGGCUUCAUCGGUGGAUUCUUUAAAGACUUCCAGACCCAUUUACCGAUGUUGGGUCGUUGCUGGCUCAUCCUCGUGUUGGUGUUUAGGAUACUGAUUCUGGGAACUGUGGCCAGUGACAUGUUUGAGGACGAGCAGGAGGAAUUUACCUGUAACACCCUCCAGCCAGGAUGUAAGCAGGUGUGUUAUGAUGAGGCUUUCCCCAUCUCCCAGUACAGAUUCUGGGUGUUUCAUUUGAUUCUCAUCGCUACACCUUCUCUGCUUUACUUCGUCUAUGUAACACAUCAAGAUCACAAGAGAGCCAACAGCUCCUCAUCGAGGAAAAGGAGCACCAAAAAGAACAGAGAAGGAAGAGCUUUAAGGGCACUUUAUAUUAUCACUGUGAUCUUCCGCAUAGUGGCAGAAAUCGGCUUCUUAUUUGUCCAGUGGCGUCUCUAUGGCUUUGAGGUGAAGGCCCAUUUCCCAUGUAGUCGUUCUCCCUGCCCCCUAACAGUGGAGUGCUUCACUUCCCGACCUAAAGAGAAAACAAUCUUCCUCCUCUUCUACUUUGCUGUAGGGGUGUUAUCAGCAUUUUCCAGCACCGUCGAGUUUUUCUACGUCUCUUGUAAGUGGUUUUGCUUACAACAGGAGGACAGAUUCUACCACUGUGACUGCGAGAACCUCCACAAACUCAAGCAAGAGGAGACAGAGGAGAAAUCAGGAGGAGAGACGAUGUCAGUGAGCACAACCAGCAGUGUGAGAGUGAAGAAGGGAUCAGUGAGAAGCAGCUGCAGUCGACAGAGCUCCAGCAUCAGUCACAAGUACAAGAAUCCAAGAGGAAAAUACGUGAGCGCCUCGAGGCUUACAUUGUGAGAGGACACAUAUGCUGCAAUCGCAGCAUCCUCCUUUUUCUAUCAUAAAUUUGUGACUACAUUUCUAAUUCCCUCAUGCUGUUUCACAUGUAGUGGUUUUCCUCUUCAUGUGCAUUGGAGAUAUCAUAAAGAAACUUUGACAAAAUGAGCACAGACGCAUGAGAGACAUUAUUGACUUGUUAGUUCUGGUGAAUGACGAAAGUCUGCAAGCAGUUUGCGACAGAAACAUUUCCUGGAAAACACUUGACAAACUUCCUCACAGGUGAUUAGUUUUUAGUCAGUGUUGCCCUUUUGUAGCUGUCAGAUUCAUCAAACAUAGAACCUCUAACCCAGCAGGGGAUUCAAGCCAUACCAAGAGGAAAAUAAAACCCAAGAAACUUUGAAAACGAAUAUUAUUUUUAUAUUUCUUGGAAAACCACACCUUGGUCCUACUGGUUCGACUUGCUCGUCUGUCUUUUCUCUUCCCUUUUGUUUUCUCUCUCUCCUUUGUUUGUGUGAAUGUUGGCAUUUGGUUUUCGUGUUUCAGAAGUCGAGCCUCAACCUUACCUGCCCACACAUUUCGAGACUGUGGCUAAUUACUGUGUUGACUUUGCUGAUUACUUGUUGGCUUCUUAAGGCUGAGGAGUUCCUUCAGUUGACCCCAGGCUGUUGCACCACUCAGUGUAGCUUUGUUUGCAUGCUACACUACCACUGGGUGAGGACCCUCGGCCUAUGGUGAAGAGAGAGAAUGGCUUCCUGAGUGUUCUAGUCUUUAUUAAAUUGACUCAAAUAAAUAUACUUAUAUAUUUCCGGUGCUUUUAACACCACUUUUAAGUCCACUUUGCUGAACUCUUUAUUGACUUUCUGGUCUAGACCUACAAGGAGAGUGUACUGGAGCCGAUGCUAAAUGGCACAGAGAAGGUUUCUCCUCUCAUCACAGACUACAAGGACUACCACAUUGACACCACAGUGGUCAGUGUGGUCAAGGUGGCAGAGGAGAAGCUGAAGUGACCGGCCUCCAUAAAGCCUUCAAAUCGAUUCCCACGUAUUUGCACACACCGACAGAAGCAUGAGUAAUUUAUAUCACCCACACAUGGUUGUAUGCAUGCCUGACCACUUCAGGGCAUGCUCUGGAUCAGGGCAUCACUGAGCUCCUGGACAAACUGAGGUGCAACCUGGCAGAAUCAGAUGGACUGAAACAAAAUGACCCAUAAGUCAAAUGUCAGUGUUUAUCGUGCUCCUCCUUGCAUGAACAAGGAGAUACUAGUCUUGCUGUUGGAUUAAAGACCUUCUACAACCCUCUCCACCUCUGCUAGACUGAGUAACUGGCUCCUGGAAUCUCCUCCAUGCUUCUGAUCAGAUAUAUUAACAUUGUGCAUGUGUGUGUCGAGAACAACUAAAAGAAGGAAGCAAUGCUGCUCUGCAAUAAAUGGACUACGAUUCAACUCAGUCAAGGCUUCGCCAGACAAGUUUUCAGCCACAACAAACAAUCAUGUAUUGUUUGUUUGUUUGUUAAUUUAUUUCGAUCAUGUAAACAAUAUACAGGUACAUUUAGGAAAGAAGAGAAAAAAAUACUAUACAAAAUAAAGUUAUAUUUCAAUAUUGCUUCAUCUGUUCCGAUUCAUAUACAUAUUGAAAAGGAGUGGGAAGAUGCACACACUUAUUUAAUCCCACCCCUUUGCCAUAAGCUAUCAGUCAAUAUUUAGUCAGCUUCCUUACUGAUAUAAUCUGUAGUAAAAAUAGCAAACAGACUUCUGAUAAUAUAUACAUCACAUCAUGAAAUUUUUGAAGUAGAGACAUUCACUGAAUUUCAACAUUUUCCCUUUCUUUAUAAUUCAAGAAGAUCAUAUCUUUAUAACUCUUUUUGAGCUGCUUUAUGUUUGGAUGUUGCUUCAACUCCAUAUUCAAACUGUUUCACAGCUUCACUCUAUGCACAGAAACACAAAAGCUUUUUCUUGUAGUUCGUACCUUCACAAUUUUGAAGUUACAAAACAACCUUAAAUUAUAACUUCCUUGUUUUAAAAAAACAUACUCUCAGUAUUACCUGGCAGUUCCUUAUUUUUUGCUUUGAAUAGAAUUUGUGCUGUUUGGAAUUUCACUAGAUCAGCAAAUUUCAAUAUUUCAGACUGCAAGAAAAGUGAGUUUGUAUGAUUCCUAUAACCUGCACUGUGGAUGAUUCAAACUGUCUUUUUCUCUUCGUCUUUUUUUGAAGAGUAAAAAGUAAAUGUAAUGUACUUUUAUGUAAUGUACUGUACUCUGCACAAUAGCUUAAGUAAGGUUUAAACCAGUGAACAGUAGAUAAUAUAAAGUGAUGUCCCGUCUAAUACCUGCUUUCCCUUGUUUAGGAUUCCAAUGCUUCUUGAUUCUUUGGAAUGAAUAUAUCUUACGUGAGCUCUCCAGUUAAGUUUUUCAUGUAUUAUUACCCCUAGAAAUUAUUGUAAUUUUCUUAAUCUUAGCAUUUUUAUUUAAACUACUAUUUCCAAACAAUGUAAUUUUAGUUUUAUUCAAUUUUAAUGAUAAUUUGUUGUUUUUAAGCCAGAACUUUACUUUAAUUAUUUCAUUAGUCAUCUCAUCCAGUAAAUGCUGCAGAUCAUCACCAGAGCAGAAAAUGUUUUCAUCAUCAGCAAAGAGUACCAUUUUUAAUCCUUUGGACACUUUACAAAUGUCAUUGAUGUGUAAGUUGAAGAAUUUUGGGCCCAAAACUGACCCUUGGGGUACACCACAAGCAAUGUCCAUACAUAAGGAGCAACAGCCAUUUAAUUUCACAAACUGCUUCCUGUCACUUAAAAUAUCAGAACCCAAUUUAAAGUUACCCCUCUGACACCAUAAUGUUCCAGUUUUCUUAUUAAUAUUUUGUGAUCUGUAGUGUCAAAUACCUUUCUCAAGUCUAUGAAUAACCCAGCCACAUAUUGCUUUUUGUGAUAAAUAAAUAUUUUUGGCAGAAUUAUAUUUUGCUUGUGUACAACUUAGAUUUUUCCAUCCAUCCAUGCAUGCAUCCAUCCUUAUCUAUAUCUAUAGAUAUAUAUUUAUUGUACAUUAAUAGAGAUUUAUUUUAUUUCUCUCAGCUGAACACGGGAUCCACACACGCACACACAUGCACGAAACAUGUACACUGAUACUGAUAUGCCCUCACUAUCACCCUCCCUCCCCCCGAAUCCAACGCCUCCUCCCAUGCUUACCUCCCAUCCGAUGUGGACAGCGGAUCAGCUGGAGGCGCAAUCGAAGAUUGCAGCGCUCCCAGAUCCAGCUGUACUCACUGGAAUAUUCUCCCAUGUUGCUUGUCUGUGUUUUAUUGUGUUAUGGUGUGUUGAUAUCUGUGCAUUCC